UAUUGCCUGCCCCUCCCACCGACGCCUCGAAUCCGCCUCAUCCGCCUCACCACCGCGCUAGGCUGUGCGUUUAUGAUCAACUCCCCUCACCUACGUCCUGACCACCGCGACACUUUUCCGUCUACAGCUGUGCCACAAACCAUUCCUUCCUUUGCUCUCAUUCCCCCGGAUCCCAGCCUAACCCGCUGAAGCUUGGCCUUAUGGCGGGAAACGGACAACAUAACCCGCCGCUCAACUACAACUAUGACGAUGAAUAUAUCACGGCCCUCCUUUUCGAUAUGGUCGUGCCGCCGAUCAUGGGCGGGGGCGGAUCGCAGACCUAUCAAUCCGGGUCGGCGCAGGUACAGCAUGAUCCUUAUUUGACUCAAGGAACCCAAGCCGACAAUUCCCAGUAUCACGGGAGCUCUCUGGUCCAGGGCUUCCCGAAUGGAGCUUCUUUGGGUCAUUCUAAUGCUCAGUCGCCCCUGGGUUUUUCAGCGGUACCCCCUUUGCAGUACGGAAACCCCCAGUCAACUCUAGGCUUUGAGAAUGGUGGUGGGCGGGUAAUGUAUACUGAGCCGAAUUUGACCACUGUUGCGCAUGCUCCGGCACUCGAAGAUCCUCACUUGGAUUUGGGCCUCCUGGGGGGGACUACUAAUCGGCAACCCACUAUCCAGCCGGGCCCUAGCUACUUCACUGCGAGGCUUAACCCCCCCCAGGCUCAAUAUGUUAGUUCUCCCAUAUAGACCCCCGUGAGCUGCCUGGUGGCUGACUAUGACCAAAGCCAGGUGUUUCGCCACAAUUGACUCCCUACCAGCCGAGAGACGAUAGCUCCGGCUCCAACAACUUCAGGGCUCCGAACGCAUUUGAAGCUCAAUCGAAUGAACCGAGUAGUUCCAACACCAUACCGCAUCGAGAGCAGUUCAUUAAGGUCUAUCGGAUUCUUGAAGAGUUGUUGCACAGCAAUGGCACUUCAU